AACAUUAGCUCUCCGAGUAGCUUUUAGCUAAACUCCACACAAACUCAUUUAAUCUAUGAGUCGCAAAAGAAACUACAGUUUCGCUGAAACGAGCCUGUCUCCCCCACCACACGGCGCCUUCAUGGAACCUUCCGGGUCAGCAAGCCGAACCGACGGCGAUUUCCUGGAGCUGGAGCCCGACGAAGAGCUGCUCUUUUCAGUCAACGACAUCACCGAGCACCUCGGCAGAAAUAUCACCUUGGUGCUGGAAACAGCGCUGUCCGAGAUCCGGAAGAUGGUCAGCAUCAGGUUACGAGUCCUGAAGAUUGAACUGAGCGAGAAAACGGAAGAGAUCGACGUGUUAAAGGCGAGACUGGACACCGUCCAGAGGGAUGGCAGGGGCCCUUUCCCCAGCGCCUCGACCGCGGAGCCAUCCACAGAGUCCGGCUACAAGAAACCAAACAACGCCGACCCCAGGAGAGUCAAAGGUGUCAUGACCGCUGUGAAGAAAGAGAAUAUAGAUGCUAUUUGUGACUAUCUGAUGAAAGACAAGAACUCGAGAGGCUGCACCGAAAUAGACGGGGACCAGAGCAGCCAGACCAGUGGGGAGAGGGAGGCUCGACCGGAGCAGGACCCGCACUCUCUCACCCUGUGGCCUGACAGCGGGAUGGCCGGCUCCGGCUCUGGCCACGGAGACUCCGAGUCCACCACAGAUGACAUAUUCAGUAUGCUUCCUUCUGGCAGCAAACGGAUGUAUGAUUACGAAUGGAUAACACCGAUCGAGUAUUCCUCAGAUCUGAAAGUUAUGAAGGACCCUGAGUGUGGUAACUCCCUGACUGGCGAGACGGAUGAUGAUGAUGAAGAUGAGACGUCGAGGAGGGAGGGGGAUGGACUUGACCAGGACCAGGUUCCUCUCUCACAUGUCCAGCCCUCUGACUUUACUGUUGAACCCCUGAGCUCUUCGGGGGAUGGAGGUAGUUCCCUGGAAGGCAACACAGACAAGCCUGACGCAGGUCAACAGUUCACCAGUCACACCUACAUCUGCUCUCUAUGUGGAACUUUCUGCCCUGAUUCUAUGUUCCUGGAAGAACAUAUUAAACUGAUACACUCAGACUCUGCUGGUGCCCAGGCUCUUCAAGCCCUCCAGUCCACCUCCUCCGCAGUACCCACCUUGGGGAGCAGCAGCAGUGACUCCAUGAGGAUUAAAAAAGAGCAGCAGGAAGAUGGCACAGGACCAGGAGCUGGUGUCGGCAUUAGUUGGGAAGGAGGGCUUGUGAAAAAGGAGAUUAAAAUUGAGGGGGGUUAUGAGUGCGGGGACUGUGGCCGCCAUUUUAACUACCUUGGCAACCUGCGACAGCACCAACGUAUUCAUACCGGCGAAAAGCCCUUUAUGUGUCCAGAAUGUGGAGAGAGAUUCCGCCACGCAGCCCGGUUAAAAAGCCACAGGCUGGUGCACAGUGGAGCCCAGAGCCCAUUCCCCUGCCCUCAGUGUGGAAAAGGUUUCUCAGUGCUGUCUGGACUCAAAAGACACCAAAGGGUCCACACUGGUGAGAGCCCAUAUGCUUGUCCUCAGUGCGGCCGCCGCUUUAAGGAGCUUGGGAACCUGUACACUCAUCAGAGGAUCCACAGUGGUGCCACACCUUACUGUUGCCAGCAGUGUGGACGCAGCUUCCGCCACCUGGGUACCUACAAGAGCCACCGCUGCACCCCGGCACAGUAAGCAGAAAUUGAACGGACAUGGUGCUGGUUCUGAGGGUUGUGUCUUCAUUGUGUGGCUGUCUGAUUCCACUGUGGGAGGUACUGGUCAUGUGGAGAACGGGGCAGUAUUUUUUGGGAUGCUGCCCAGGCUCUAAUGCUCUGUCCUUGUUCAUUCAAGGCAUUUUACCUCAGUCCUCACGAAAUGCUGUAAUUGAGCUUGAAGGUUUAUUUCAGACAUUGGAAGCAGCAGUUUUAGUCUCAACUCAGAGUUAUACUUACUUGUAGCAAAGCUGUCAGUGUUCUAACACACAGGGAUGCACACUAUGGAUUUAAUUCAAUACCAAUAACCGAAAAUUACUUGCUUUUCGUGGCCGAUACAAUAACCGAUCUCACAUUUUUUUAUAUUAAAAAAGAUAACGCACUCCUCUGCGUGCAGUGUUUCUUAUGUUAACGACUUCAUCCAGUCACUGAGCCACUUAACUCAGAGGUCCAUAUGGCCACCAUAAAACUUAUGUUGGUGUUGAUGGGACUACGAAUGUGUGUGGUGACCACAUCAUACAGGGUAGAGUUCCUCAGGGGUCCACAAAUUAUUGCCCGAACUCGAAAAGACCCAGAAAUGUUCUACCCUAAACCAAGCAGGACCCGUCAUUUGAAAGCUGGGAUUCCGGCAGGGAGAGUCAGACCCCAUAGGCAUAGAUUUCACAUCUGAUUGCUUUAACAAGUUAAUUCACAAGGCGUCUUACCCAAUGCAACAUUAGCAGCCUUCUCCAAUGUGCCUGGCUGUGAAGCAUAUGAUCCAUCCUCAUCCACGGGUCUAGAUAGUUUUUGAAAUUCAUCCAGGUCCUUCUGUUAUUCCCCUUAAACAUUCACACACACACACACACACACAAGGCUCUGAACCCAAUUGGGUGGAGCAGAGCAGGUAGGAAGUAUUAUUUUUCACCUUAACGGCUGUUUCUUAUUUUUUUUCUUCAACCUUAGAAGAUUUGUUACAUUUAAAUUUGCAAUCUAUUACCCUCCUCUCGGGAAAGGGAAUCCAGUGCACUGCUGCCACCUGCUGGCCUAGUUAUGUUAUUUGAAUUAUUGUUAUUACAACAAUGUAAAAGAACAUAUAUUUCCCUUCAUUGACCGGGAAUAAAUCAGCCCAGAUAAUCAUGUAGUCCUAAUCACACACUCCUCAUCAACAGAUGGAGUUUGCUCAGUUGUCAGAGAAUUUGCUUUCAGUCUUCAUAUCCUUGUGGAUGCCAACACUGUUGAAAAGUCUUACAUGUGCUUAGGAAAAUGCAAAGCAUGACACUCAUACUUCUGUUACAAACUAAACAAACUUCAUUUGUUGAUGGAGAGUAUCUUACAUGGAUGAAAUCUGUUGAACAAGCCAGUAAACUUUAGAUGAAAUAAUCAGGUUGUAAGAUAUAUUUGGAAUGAAAGUCUUUUAAGUCUCUGACCCACAGGGAAGAGCAUCCCUUUUUUAGACCAGACUGCAUCAGUAUAGAGCACAUUUCCUAUAUUUUGCAUUUACCUCAAAGGAUAAUUCCUGUUCAUUACAAUUGUGCUAAGCUAGAGUGCUUUACCUUGAACAACUUAGAUGAGGAACCACCACCACAGGCUCAUCACCACAUAACGACAAUGCUUUUCUCAAAUUGGUUAAAUCUUUCUUUCUAGCAGAGCUGCACAAGGAACAAGAUUCACUCAGCCCCUCCCGACUCUGCUUGUUCUCUCCUGGCGCAUAUUAUUGCUUGCACAUAGAAUGGGGGGGAUACAAUCACAAGUGGCCACAGGAGACACAUUCAGGACAGAUUUUAAUGCCAGGUGUGAACAGACAAACUCAAGAGCUGUCCACUCGUGAUCAACUCUCCAGGCAGGACUUCCAUGACCUUGGAGGUUAUAUUUGUGAGUUCAAUGUUAUCAUGACUGAUGGAAGAAACGGCCAGGACUACACUCACUGGAUUACCAAUCUGAGAUGCUGUUUUUCAAAACCCACUGAGAGAAAAACACAUUGUCUGAUAACGUUUGACAAUGUGUUGGUAUGAUCGGAGUUCCACAUUGCAAUUGGCUAAACAAGACAGCUUGGUAAAACAACAGCAUUUCAAUAGAUGUAUGUUUGGCUCCAUAUAUUGAUUUGCACCUUGAUCCAUUUAGUCUGAAGUACACCCUGUCACCCUCACUUUGUGGAGAAGUAUGGAUCUUUUAGAGUAGUAGUGGGACAGUAUCCCCCACAUGUGGACCAUUUGUGUAACUGCAACAAAAGAUUAUCUUCUGGCUCAUAUGGUACUGCUAAUUUUCUUUCAUCAUGAUACUGUUUGGUGCUAUGUGUAGAGCAGGAAGUUUAUCAUAAUUUUUAAAAAGCAUUAUCUGAUGUUACAGACUAUAUACUGGAUAUUUUAUAUGUUUGCUUGUAUGACAACUAAAAAUAGUGCGAUUGAAAAAAACCUACCUGAAGGAAAUUUAAUCCACAGUAUCUGGUGGGUUAAAUCAUUUCAUCUCAUUCUGUGUAAGCCCAUUAGAAAAAUGACCAAUUGUACUCAAGCUUGUCUGUAAAAUUGAGUUUCUUAGCACUAUGGGGAAGACAAAAAAAUGAAUGAAUAACAAACUUAUUCAAACCUGUGGAAGCUACAAGCAAACCAUUGACAAUCUGCUUUCUUUUCAUAACUGUUGUCCUAAACUCAUGAAUGGAAGUGUGAAUUUUUUUUUACCAAAACAAAAUAAAAACAAUAAAACAAA